CCUAUUGUAUAUGUAUGUAAAAGUAGUCCAUCAUCUGAAAUGUAUACAAGCUAAACCUUGAUUGGAGGGCAAAUAGAGUGUAAGAAGCAAAAAUACAUCAUAAUAUUGAAAAUACAAUAAUAGGUAUGAGUUUAUUAGUGCAGAUCAGUUUAUAAAAUUGAAACGGUAAAGUCUUACUCAAGCGCAUAGUUUAACGCGAUAUGGUUCAACAUAAACUUGGGGAAACGCUUCCCUUAUUACAUAAAUACAAUGUGGAGAAAGGACUUCAUUUUACAAAAAGUUAAUUUCGUUCACACUUCAAAUAACUUCGGAGCACGACAUGUUCAGGCUUUGCUUAUGUUCUUUGGCGUAUGUUUCAGUUAUUUUCUACGGGUGAACAUAUCAGCCGCAAUUGUACCAAUGACCCAGUUCAAUGCCGGAUAUGCAAGUUACGAAUAUUGGGAUUCUCGUAUAAAGAGCUUAAUAUUAAGCAGCUUCUUUUGGGGUUAUGUGUUGGCCCAAGUACCAGCUAGUAUGUUGGCAAGGCGUUUUGGCGGCAAAAUUAUCUUAGGUGGAGCUACAGCCGUAAGUGCCGUAAUUACUGUGUUCCAUCCUUUAGCGGUCGUUAAAGGCGACUGGCAAUUGCUUUGCUUUUUACGGGUGCUAGUAGGUUUAAUGCAAGGUGUAGUUUAUCCAUGCCUACAUACACUACUAGCUAGGUGGGUGCCGCACAGUGAACGUGGGUUUCUGUGUACAUUUGUUUAUUCUGGUGCACAGCUUGGAACGGCCAUUUUAUUGGUUAUAAGCGGAAGUAUAUUUAAUUCAAAUAUGAGAUGGCCGGGAAUAUUUUAUAUAUCCGGUUCUAUUGCCCUGCUAUGGUCUUUAAUAUUUCUUUUAUUUGGUUGUGAUUCACCCCGUAAUUCAAAUAAUAUUUCAAAGGCUGAAAGAAACUACAUAGAAGCAUCAACUGGCGCUACUGAACAAAGUGAGGAUGUGGAUGUUCCCUGGAGAUCUAUAUUCACUUCCGUGCCAUUUUUUGCCUUGAUUGCAGCUCAUUGUGGCUUCACCUGGGGAUUUUAUACCCUUUUAACUGAAGUACCUACCUACUUAAAUAGUGCAUUAAACUUGGAUAUGAAAUCUAAUGCUCUAUUAUCUGCUCUUCCAUAUUUUGUCAUGUGGAUAUUGUGUUUAAUUUUAAGUCCCAUAGCCGAUCUCUUAAUCCGACGUCAUAUUACCAGCGUGACCGUUUCAAGGAAACUAUUCAAUUCGAUUGGUCAAUGGAUUCCGAUGAUGUGUCUCAUUGCACUCAGUUACAUAAACCAAACUGCAAUAACAUUAUCUGUAGUUUUACUUACUGUCGCCAUUGGAUUUAAUGCUGCUUCCUUCUGUGGUUAUUUGGUAAAUCAUAUGGACUUGUCACCGAAUUUUGCAGGUCCAUUGAUGGGAAUUACAAAUGGAAUUUCGAAUCUAUUAUCGAUUUUCGCUCCAUUGGUCGCAGGCGUUGUAAUUCACAACGAAGAGGAUCCGGAAGAAUGGCGUAAAGUAUUCUUAAUAACUGCCACCGUUUAUUUUUUAUGUAAUCUAUUAUUCGUGGUGUUUGGAAAAGCAAGCGUUCAGCCUUGGAACUAUAAAUUAAGAAAUGUUGCAUCGACCUCAACCAACAACGGUUCAACACUAACGUCAAUUAGCACGAUAGCCUACGAAAACAAUUUGACAUCAUCAACGCCUGGCUGAUUCAUAAUUAUUAUUGCGUUUGUUUGCGAUCCAUUACUAAUUAGUAUAUAGUUGCAAAUAAAAGCCCGAUUACUUUAGCUGCUAGCAAAAAUAUCUUGCCAAGAAGAUAACUUUAAAAAUACUC